UUGGACUCUGAGUUCUUACUCCACCCUUAAGAAGUUUAUCCACAUGUACAUGAAUUUGUAUUGCAGUCACACGAGGAGGGGGAUGAAGACAACGCAAAGUGGGUGGUUUACUUUAAGAAGUGUUUAGUUUAGAAGAGUAAGAGAGAGAGAGAGAGAGAGAGAGAGAGAGAGAGAGAGAGAGAGAGAGAGAGAGAGAGAGAGAGAGAGAGAGAGAGCUGAGGGGAAGGAAGUCAGAGAUCAGCACUCUACACACAUCUUACAUUGUUUUCUAGGACAUCUCAAGAACACAGAGAGGAGGAUUUAUCACAUUUUUCUACCCUUUCCUUUUAAUGAGAAAAAUGAAAUCCAUAAUACAGAGAUCGUUUUCAAACUUCUUCUUUGAAUACGAAACUCCUCGGCAGGUUCUGGUCAGGAACAGAAGAGUUGCACUUGUGUGCCGAAUCAUCCAGCUGGGCGUUCUAUCCUACAUCAUUGGGUGGGUGUUUAUGUAUGAGAAAGGCUACCAGACAGUGGACACUGCUAUAAGCUCCGUCUUCACCAAGAUGAAGGGUGUGUCCUACACAAAUAUCAGUAAAGUGGAGAGGAUAUGGGAUGCAGCCGAUUAUGUGUUUCCUGAACAGGGCGAUUCGUCUUUUGUUGUGAUGACCAACUACAUUUCCACUGUGGGACAGAAACAGGACACAUGUCCUGAGCUGCCAGAUGGGAAGAACAAGAACAAGUGCACCUCGGACACAGACUGUGAUGAGGGCAAAUACAAACGUACGGGAAAUGGGCACAUGACGGGCAAGUGUAACACCAACACCAGUACUUGUGAGAUCUACUCCUGGUGUCCUGUUGAAGACGACCGUCAAAUACCAGACCCUCCAAUCCUGCAGACAGCAGAAAACUACACACUGUUCAUCAAAAACUCCAUUACUUUUCGCCAGUUUAAUGUAGUAAGGAGUAACUUGGUGGAGAGUGUGGACCAGAAUUACAUCAAUAGCUGUUUGUAUCACCCCAAGACUGAUCCACUGUGUCCUAUCUUCAGAUUGGGAGACAUUGUUGAGCGUUCCGGGCUCAAUUUCUCUGACAUAGCUCGUGUGGGUGGUGCUAUAGGCGUCCUCAUUGACUGGGACUGCAAUCUGGACCUAAGUAUCAGACAUUGCAAACCAAAGUAUGAAUUCUAUGGUCUUUAUGGAACAGGGAAAAAUGAAAAAGUGGAGAAACCAUCAUUGGGAUACAAUUUUAGAUUUGCUAAAUAUUAUAUGGAGAAUAAAGUGGAGAAGAGAACACUAAUGAAGGUGUUUGGUGUACGGAUAGACAUCAUUGUUCAUGGACGGGCAGGAAAAUUUGAUAUCAUUCCAACGCUGACGGCCAUAGGCUCAGGAGUAGGAAUCUUUGGAGUGGCCACCGUCGUGUGCGAUUUGCUCCUUCUAUAUUUACUUCCAAAGAGAGAUUUCUACAAAAGUAUGAAAUUCAAGCAUACAGAAGUCCAGGAAGCGAAGCCAGCCGUGCCCCCGUCACAGAAAGAAAGAGAACUACCAAAGGAGUGAAGUCAAGACGGCUGCCACGAUGACUGACUAACGUUACUGCACUGAAAACAAAACAACACCUCAACACUGGAGCAUAAGCAAGACGGCCAGACAACUGUCUAACAUCACUUUUCCUUUCUAAAGGACAUUUCCUUCCCAAACUACUGAGAAAAUAUAUCUAAUCACUGUUUUGAUUCAAGACGCAUCUCCACUAGGUGUGUUAAUAUUGAGAGGCUCAGGAC